ACGACUUGUCUAAUACUGUGUCAGCUGAUUGAGGAAAACAUUUUUAAAAGUUCUAUUAAGAAUAUAUUGUUGGAAUGUAUUUCUACGUGUAAAUUCAAUCUGUACAUGAAGAAUAGGGAAAGAGGCUGACCAUCGAAGAUAACCACAAGAAAAAAAAUUAAUCUAAUCAUCCCAUUCGUCACUAAAAACGACGAGAUUCAAAGCAAUGUAAAGCGUUUGAAGUUUGUUUUGAUUUGAAGUUCAGUAACCCUAAGGUCUAAGGACCCAGUUACAGUCACCUGAGGCUGAUACAUCUAGGCUGGUAUCGGCAAGAUUCUGGACUGAAGAGACAAAAUGGCAGUCUUGUGUGAUAUGGAUGCUUCAAGAGCACCAUAUAGAUUUUUAGUCCUCUUUUUCAACUGUAUGUUGACGUUUGGAAGCUAUUUCUGUUUUGAUAUGCCCAGCGUGUUGCAGGAUGAUUUCACAAACAGCGAAAAUUGUACCAACUACACCAGUGGAAACACUAGCUUCGACACCUGUGACUGUGAGGGCUGUCUGGGAAUGUCAGAUGAUAAUUACAACCUGUUGUAUGCAAUCUAUGCUUGGACAAAUGCCCUUGUGGUUAUUGGAGCAGGAUUUUUGAUAGACAAGAUGGGAAAUAGGCUUGGAGUCUUUUUGUUUUCUUUCCUCUGUGUUCUUGGGUCAUCAACUUUUGCUGUUGGGGCCAUGUUGAAGGGGACAUCAUACAUGUUGCCCAUCAUGUUACUUGGAAGACUGAUAUUUGGAUCAGGCAAUGGCUCUCUCACAAUUGUACAAAACAGAAUAACAGCAUACUGGUUCCGAGACAAAGAGCUAGCUUUAGCAUUUGGAAUAACGCUGGCAUUCUCCAGGCUGGGAAGUGUUUUGAAUUUUUUCCUAACACAAAACUUCAAAGAUGUUUAUGGUUUGACAUGGACUUUAUGGGGAGGAGCCAUGUUGUGUGGACUGGGUUUUGUUUGUGCCAUGAUUGUAAGCUUUCUGGACAAAGUGGGGGUCAGAGCUUUAGGGGAUGAAGACAAUCUAAAAGUGCAAUCUAAGAAAUUGAAAUUGACAGAUGUCAAAAACUUCUCCCUGUCCUAUUGGUUGCUAGCCCUGUCCAUCAUGUUCUUCUACAACGGAGUUUUUCCUUUUGUGGCAGAUGCCAGUAAGUUCAUUCACAGGAAGUAUAAGAUGUCUCCAAAGGAUAGUGCCUACAUAGCAGGGGCAGUGUAUGACGUCUCUAUGGUGCUGUCUCCUUUUCUGGGGGGCAUCAUUGAUAUAAUUGGCAAGCGUGGUAUUUUGGCCCUCUUCUGUGCCUUGCUGACCAUUCCACUGUUUGGACUAUUGGCCUUCACCUCUGUAUAUCCUCUGGUUUGCACCCUCUGGCUGGGGAUCACAUAUUCUUUUGCCGCAGCCAGCAUGUGGCCCUCGAUUCCGCUGGUCGUGACCCAGGCCACAGUGGGUACUGCCAUGGGAUUGACUACCUCCAUACAGAUGAUUGGAAUCGGAAUUUCUAAUCUAAUUGUUGGAAAGAUUUUGGGAAAGACUGAAGGAGAGGAGACUCUGACGAGAUGGAAGUUUGUUAUGAUAUUUUUGCUGGCUAAUUCCUUAGCCUGUGUCGCUUCAACUGUUUUCCUUAAUAUCUCAGAUAAACGAAAGGGUGGCAUACUGAACAUCAGCAGAAGACAACGCCAGCAGCAGGCUCAGGAAGAAUCUGUAAAAGUAGCAGAGGAAGAGGAGGAAGAACCAUUGUUGGGAAAACAGAGGCACCGAAUAAAUUAGUGAUUCUGAGAUCAACUGUACGAGAGUUUUUCCGUUACUGCUAGUCAUAAGGAAGAAAUGUAAAAUAAGAUAUAUAGUUUUCUAGUAUGCUGUUUAGAAUAGUCAGCAGCGUUGUCAGGGAAAGUACCAUGUAUGUUAUUGGCUGGGUUUUUUUUUAAUUCUAGGAGACAAAAACAAAAUAUGUAACAAUGCUGCAAUAUGUGUGUAUGUUCUUAGGGUUGAUGAACCUAAUUUGAAAAGCUGAGCUCUGUGAAACAUGGGUGUGUACUCUUGUCAUUUUUGAAAACUUACUGGUAAAUUUAAAUGAAUAUUAUUAAUAUUUUGUAUAAAAAUAUAAAUAGGAGUAUAUCAUUUAUGUAAAUAUUGUGUGAUAAGUAAAUAACUGAUUCUCAGGUAAAUUCCAAUCAAAUAUUGUGUGAUAAGUAAAUAACUGAUUCUCAGGUAAAUUCCAAUCAAAUAUUGUGUGAUAAGUAAAUAACUGAUUCUCAGGUAAAUUCCAAUCAAAUAUUGUGUGAUAAGUAAAUAACUGAUUCUCAGGUAAAUUCCAAUCAAAUGUUAUAUAAAAUGUAGAUUUUGCAACAACCUCCACAAAGCUUUCUGUCUUAGACACGUAGUUUUUUCUUCUUUGAUUUCGAUAAAUAGUGGGUGGUUAAUGUUGUACUGAAAUAUGAUUGAAAUCCAUAUUGAGGAGAUAUCUUUUUAAAGAAAGGAUAUUGUGUCAAAACAUCUUACAUGGGACGUUUUCGUUUUAUUCUAUCUUAAUCUGGAACAGAUAUUUAUCAUUUUUUGGCGUACUUCCUUUAAAAAUCGACCUAGGAUAUGUUUGAUGAAUGUACACAAAGAAGUUAGGCUCACCAUCCUUAAUUGUGUGAAUGACUGCAAGACAUGACAUGCACAUUUUGAAAAUUUUCUUCAUGAUGUCAUUUGAACCUGGUGUUUUCAUCCGUAGACGUCUUUUACGGCUAUGUUUGAUCUUAUGAAUCAAGAAACAAACAAAUGAUGUGAUAGUUAAGAUGGAUUUUUACUGAGUAUUUGGUAACCGUGAUACUUUUCCCCAAUAUCAUAACUUAUUUAUUUUAUAGUACAACUGUGAUUGUGAAAUAUACAAUUUCAUACGUUUUUUGUCAUUGUAGGUAUGAAAAGUGCCAAACUUCAUGCUCCGUUUAUUGUAAAUUGUGUGUUUUAUGUGUAGUAUAAUUCACGAAAAUCUUUGAAUUACAUUUCCUUUUUAAAUGUAUACAAGUGGUGUGUGUGUUUUAUUCAAGUAUUCAUUAUGUGGCAUUGAUGAUUUCAAAAAUGGUGCCUACGUUUUCUGUAAAUAUGGUUAAUGGUUGAUAAUCAUUGAUAUUUCCAUAUUUCGCUGUCAUUGACUUGCUCACUUUUGCAGUUUUACAGUUGGUUAGCAAGUAGUUGUGACAUAAGAUUAUCAUAAUUACAUUCCAUUUCUAGGUCACCUUACUCAGCUAGGCGACCUCCUGCUAUAUGGUUUUAUGUGUACUGUGCAUCCUUUUUAUGUUAAAUUUGAACAACUUCAACGUAUCAAAUACAUGUACUACCUAGCCAAUUUAUACUGUAUGUAGUAUGUAGCAACAAAGGGAUCGGGGGAACAAAAAUUGUGAAUUUCAUGGUUUCAACCUCCUGGGUGCUAUGAAGCAUGGGCAAAAUAUGUCAUGCAAACUUUGAAAGUCUUUAGUUAAGAACAUAAAGCAGCCAGACUGUGUUCAUAGUCGGGGAAGCCUCCGAAAUUCAUGACAAUGGGUCAGGUGUUGCGGGUGGGGCUCUAUGGAAUAUAUUGUGAAAAUGCAUUUUCCUCAUAAAACAUUGUCAUAUUCACUCCUGGACAUCAAGCAACCAAACUGAGUGUACAGUAAUAAUGAACAAUGUUAAAUGUUCGAAUAUCUGUUCCAGGCAAUACUUUUGUAUUUGCACCAUGGUUGCUAAUGUUUGUGAUGUGACCCAGGAGUGUGUUCAUUUGAUAGCAACAUUAAAAACUAUUUAUAGGCCAAAAUUUUGUCAGAAACGUUUUUUGAGACAGAUUUAUACAGAUCACUCAUGAUAAUGAUGUACUAAAUGCUCCAUCACCAUGCUGCAUCUCUAAUUUUUAUUGUGUGAUACAUGGGCAACCAUUAUACCUGUACUUAGAGGCUCUGCUGUUGAAUUGUUAUUGGAAUUUUUUUAAAAGAAGGAAACCACAACAUUUUAGUUAUGAAACUAUGAGACAUACAUUACCAGACAUGGAUUUGAAGGUUGUAAAUACAUGUAAUUGUCUUCAAUAAAACUUUAUAUUUCCAGUU